GUUUCAUUGCUGAAGUUACGCAGUUGCAAACUGAAUAUACUGAAGUAAUUAUUAAAAUACUAAAUCGUCCUUGUGGUCUUAAUAGUAAAUUGACAAAUGUACUAAGGAACUUCUCAAGGUGUUCAGUGCUUGAAGUUGUCCCUGCAGAAUGUCCUGAAGGAGGAGCUCCGUGUGUGGACGGUGUGUGUGUACCACUGGACAAGAUCUGUGACGGUGUGCCAGACUGUCCUGACGCCUCAGAUGAGAUUAACUGCGUCUGUUGUAGAUACCUGUCUGGGAGCUCUCCAGAGAAGGUGUGUGAUGGGCGGCUGGACUGCAGUGACCAGAGUGACGAGGCUUACUGUGGAUGUCAACCCUCCAGCCAGUGGUUCAGGUGUCAUAUGUCAGAGUCGCAGGAAUGUGUAGAAAGGACACAGGUGUGUGAUGGAGAGAGAGAUUGUCUUUCAGGAGAGGAUGAGCAACAUUGUCUGGCUCUGUCACCAGCAGUGUUGGUGCAGGAGGACGUCUUAGGGGUUCCGGAGAACCAUCCACAAGGGUACUUGCUAGUGCGGCUAUCAGGUAUGUGGUACACAUACUUGUACUCCAUGUGGAAGCCUUACCUUUCCCACUUGGUGUGUCUGCAACUCGGCUACUACAAGGCCAUCAAGACUGACCCCAGAAGCCUCAACCUGCCAGUGGUGACAAAGGCAGCAAGAUCCUUGGAUGAUGGUAACAACGACCUCUUCAACCCCUGGAACUACCGUGUACAGAGGACAGACAACAAUACUGUCGUUCAUAUUAAGUGUUUGGAAGAAGAUCCCUUGGCUGCACAGGAACGUAGCAACUGAAAGUUCAAUUUAAAGUUAAUGUACAAAGUCUCGGAAGAUAGGCAGUUCAAAAUUUUGCAGGUUGAUAGUCCUUGUAUUACACGUACCUCCUAGUAUAGGCUUGUAGAAAAUUUAAAACAAAUGUUUAGUGUACGGUAAGUGAAUACCUGUUAAUUUUGUGGUUCAUCUUUCGUAAUCUAGGCCAUUUUAAGUUUCGGUUUUUUAUGAAAUGGGCUUUUGUACCAUCUAGUCAGAUUUUUUUAAUUUUCAACGUAAUGUUAAGAGGGAAU